AUGGAGGCCGCAACCAAGGGCCACUUCCGCCUUGCGGGACAAGAAUUCCCCAAGGUCAACUGGCUUACUGACCCUGGUUUGAGAAAGACUUACAUCUGCUUGAUGUUCGUCGUGAUUACCAGUGCUACCAACGGCUACGAUGGGUCGAUGAUGAACGGUUUGCAGGCGCUCACUGUCUGGCAGGAUGAUUUCCACCACCCUUCUGCAUCAUCGUUGGGUCUGCUCAAUGCAAUCAUGUCUGUCGGAUCCAUUGUAGCUCUCCCCGUCGUUCCCUACAUCGCCGAUGGUCUUGGUCGUCGCAUUGGUAUUCUCACUGGUUGUAUUAUCAUGAUCAUCGGAGUCGUCCUUCAGUCCGCUGCCAUGAAGUUUGGCAUGUUCGUUGGUGCUCGUUUCCUCAUCGGAUUUGGUGUUGCCAUCGCUCACGGUGCUUCGCCUCUGCUCCUCACUGAGCUCACCCACCCUCAACACCGUGCUCUGUUCACAUCCAUCUACAACACUACUUGGUACCUUGGUUCAAUUAUCGCUGCAUGGCUUACCUUCGGUACCUUCCACAUCCACAACCACUGGGCCUGGAGAAUUCCCUCGAUCGUGCAAGCAUUCCCCUCGGUGCUGCAGCUCAUCUUCAUCUGGUUCGUUCCUGAGUCUCCCAGAUUCCUGAUCUCCAAGGGCAAGGUUGAAGAAGCACACAAAGUUUUGGCUGAUGUUCACGCUAAUGGAAACCUCGAUGAUGAGGUUGUCAUGCUCGAGAUGGCCGAGAUCAGAGACACUAUCAAGAUGGAGCAGGAGUUCGAGGGCAACGGUUGGGGUGAGCUGUUCAAGACUCCCGGUAACCGCCACCGUUUGAUUAUUCUCUGCUCGGUCGGUUUCUUCUCUCAAUGGUCAGGCAACGGACUUGUCUCUUACUACCUUACACUCGUCCUUGACCAGAUCGGCAUUAAAGACACCAACACUCAGCUUGUCAUCAACGGUGUGUUGCAGAUCGUCAACUGUAUCGUUGCUGUCGGACAGUGUUUCUUCGUCGACAAGAUCGGUCGUCGCACUCUCUUCUUGAUCUCAACUUCAGGUAUGAUGGUGGCUUUCAUCGUUCAAACUAUCUGCUCCGCUCGCUUCAAGAUCGAUGGAACUUCGGCUUCCGCAAACGCUGUUGUCGCUUUCAUCUUCAUCUACUACGUCUUCUACAACAUCGCCUUCUCGGGUCUUCUGGUCGGAUACUCGGUCGAAAUUCUGCCUUACAAGAUCCGUGCCAAGGGUAUGACUCUCAUGUUCUUGUGCGUCGACCUUGCCCUCUUCUUCAACCAGUACGUAAACCCCGUCGCACUCGAUGCUAUCUCCUGGAAGUACUACAUCGUCUACUGUGUCUGGCUUGGCUUCGAGCUCUUCGUCGUCUGGAAGUUCUACAUCGAGACUCGCAACACGCCUCUCGAGGAAAUUGCCAAGUACUUCGAUGGCGAGAACGCUGUUGUCGGUGGUGCCGCCGCUACCGAGAAGGGCAAGGUUCUGGCCGCCGAGAUUGGUGGUCUUGGUACUGUCAACAUGACCGAGAAGGAUGGCAUGGCUGUCGAGCACAGAGAGCUGUAA